UAAAUUAAUCUCUGUUGAAAGCAAUAUGCAAAAAAUGGUGUAUUUCUUCCUCAGUGCUUCAAACCAAACCCUCGAAUAAUUCACUCAAUGGAGGAUAGACCAGCGGGGACCUCAGCCGGGGCGGGAGUAGAAUCACCGGCGUCGGCCGAGCCCGCAUCGUCACGGAGGCGAGUCGGAGGGCAAAAGAGAAAAGUCAACGCGCUCUCGACAUCCAGCUCUUCGUCUACACCGUCGAAACGGCUCACACGCGAGAAGGGCCUGAUCUCUCACCCUCCGAUCCACAAUGGAGGUCCGUUGACCAGAGCCCGCCAGAGCCCCAAUAAUUUGGCUUCUUCGGCUUCCGCCGGGACAGCCGCUUCUGGAUUUAAGCUCGAGGAGAAGGUUGCUGUGUCCGAUGCUGCUAUGGUGGCAGCGCUGGAUGAGGAGGUGAGUAAGCUAGAGGAGUUGCAGGCGGCGAUAGAAGUGGAGUUUGAGGGUAUUAGAUCCAGAGAUUCUAACGCCCAUGUGGUGCCUAGUCAUUGCGGUUGGUUUUCAUGGACAAAAAUUCACCUCCUUGAGGAGCGUGCACUGCCUUCUUUCUUUAAUGGGAAGUCCCAAACCAGGACACCUGAUACCUACAUGGAGAUACGUAAUUGGAUUGUGAAAAGAUUUCAUACAAAUCCAAAUAUACAGAUUGAAUUGAAAGAUCUGUCUGAGCUUGAAGUUGCAGACCUUGAUGCAAAGCAAGAGGUGCUAGAGUUCUUGGACUAUUGGGGAUUGAUUAAUUUCCACCCAUUCCCACAAAUAGAUUCUAAUGUCAGUGCUGAUGGUGUAAGAGAUGUGAAGAAUGAUUCAUUGCUUGACAAGUUAUUUCACUUUGAAAGCAUUCAACCAUGUCCGCCUGUUGCCCCCAAGCCUAAUCUUUCAACUCCUGCUCUGGCAUCUGGGUUAUUUCCUGAGUCUUCACUUGCAGAAGAGUUGGUAAGGGCUGAGGGGCCAGCUGUUGAAUACCACUGCAAUUCUUGUUCAACUGAUUGCUCUCGCAAGCGCUAUCAUUGCCAGAAGCAGGCAGAUUAUGAUUUAUGUGCUGAAUGCUUUAAUAAUGGGAAAUUUGGCUCAGACAUGUCUUCAUCAGAUUUUAUUCUCAUGGAACCUGCAGAGGCUCCUGGUUUAAGUGGUGGGAAGUGGACAGAUCAAGAGACCCUACUUCUUCUUGAAGCAUUGGAACUUUAUAAAGAAAAUUGGAAUGAGAUAGCAGAGCAUGUUGCCACAAAAACUAAAGCUCAAUGUAUAUUGCACUUUGUUCAAAUGCCAAUUGAGGAUGUCUUUCUUGACUGUGAUGAUGAUAUAGAUGGGAGUUCCAAAGAAACUACGGAUCAACCUGCAACCAAUGAUGAUACAUCUGUUUCCAAAGAUGUGACUGAAACAAGUGGGGAUAAAAGUGGUUCCAAGGAGGAUCUGCCCUUGAGUUUGGCUCUAGAAGCUUCAAAACCAGAAGAUGCAGUGGAAGCUGAAAAGCCCAACAAUGCCAGUGAAGCAGUAAUUGAUGAAAAAUCUUCAAAGUCAGAAGAAUCUAGUGAAGUGAAGGCAGUUCUGGAUUCCAGUGAAAAUUUGGCACUUAAAGCACUUACAGAAGCAUUUGAAGCUGUUGGUUAUCCUUGUGCUCCUGAAAAUCAGCCCUCAUUUGCUGAAGUUGGAAAUCCUGUCAUGGCUUUGGCAGCAUUUUUGGCAAGAUUGGUAGGAAGUGAUGUGGCUAUGGCUUCAGCUCGCAGCUCUUUGAAAUCCUUAAAUAGCAAUUCUCCUGGUGUGCAGCUGGCUGCAAGGCACUGCUUUCUGUUGGAAGAUCCACCAGAUGACCUGAAGGGACCAGCUGGUCCAAAUUGCAGUGCCAUGGAAAUGGCUAAUCAAGAUGCUCAACAAUACAACCAUGAAGGCCAAACCCAGAAAGGUUUGAAUGGAAGAGACUUGUCAAUUGACCACAAUGACAAGAAAACUGAAGAUUCUGCUCCAGAGGAAAAGCAGCCUCCAGAUUCUAUAAAUGAUGACCCCACUGAGAAGGUAAAUACUGCAAAUGAAGCAGGCACAGAAAUUUCUCAUGAGGAAAAUGAAAGUGGUAAAUUGAAGGAAUCUAGUGAAUUGGAGUAUCAGAAGAACCCCCAGAUAAGUAGUUUAAAGGAAUCAAAUGAAAUGCAAGCGAAGCCUGAGCAUCCACUGAGUUUUGUUCAGGAGAAGGAAGGAUCUUCAGCAGCUUUGACCUCUAAGCAAACAGAGGUCUCUAAGGAUGUAGAGAUGGUGCCUGAUUUGAAAUCUUCUGAAAAUAAUGAGCCUUGUCAAUUAGUUGCACCACUGUUGGUUGAAGAGGCCUCUCAGUCUCAAGCUGCAGAGACAUCAAAAAAUGUAGACAUUAUCUCAGAUUCUCUGCCUGCAGGGAAGAAUGUGCAACUAGUGAAAUCAAAUUCAGUAGGAGAUCAGUCUCAGCCCAUAGAGGUGCCAAAGGAUGUUGACAUGUCAUCUGAACUGCCUUCAGAAGCAAAAGAGUGUCAGCAGCCAGCUGCACCAAAUUCAGUGGUUGAAAAUGGAACAAUUACAGUUAAGGACCAAAAAGGCAGUAAAAAAGAGAAACCUGAUUGUAGGAAGAUUAAAGAGGACAAUACCAUUGAUAAAUUAAAGCGAGCUGCAGUUUCUGCACUUUCAGCAGCAGCAGUGAAGGCAAGAAUUCUUGAAAAACAGGAAGAAGACCAAAUCCGACAACUUGCUGCAUUGGUGAUAGAAAAACAGUUGCAUAAAUUGGAAAUGAAAUUGGCUUUCUUUAAUGAAAUGGACCACAUAAUAAUGAGGGUUAGGGAGCAACUUGACAGGUCAAGGCAAAGGCUGUACCAUGAACGAGCGCAGAUCAUUGCAGCCCGACUCGGGUUACCAGCAUCUUCAUCUAGAGGAAUGCCACCAACGUCGCCUACCAACAGAGUUGCAACCAACUUUGUGAACUCAAUUCCAAGGCCCCCAAUGAGCAUGACUUCCCAAAGGCCACCAAUUGCAAGACCCAUGGGGACAUUGGCUUCCACCCCAUCUAACUCAUUUGUACCAACAACUACAGCAGGGAGUUCAAUUCGGCCCUCUGGCCAGGACAAACUUUCUUCAGUAGGGACAAAAUAGUCUUUCCUCGUGAUUCAUGUGAAUAGAGCUCUGUUGAUUUUUAUGCUCCAGUGAGUACCAACCAUUUUAACAAGAGGAAAUCGCUGGCAUCGUCCUUCGUGACCUGACCUCUUGGUAACAAGCCUGGAGAUGAAGAACUUGCCGGAUUCCAUUUGACAGCAAGGACCAGUAGCAGCAAGUAUGGGGAUGAAAACCUGACAAAUUUACGGCUUGGAAUUUUCUUUUUGGUUGUAAUUUGCAAGGUUUAGGCAAAUAUGAUUUUAGAUAUUUUUAAGUGUUGUGUAGUUUGUAAUGGUAUGUAAAAUUUCUUACUGCUCCGAGAUUGUAGGUAUUAACUUAGAUUCUCCUUUUUUUUCCCCCAUAUUUUCAAGCAGUGUUAUAUUUGAUAA